AUGGAAGAGCGCAGCGCGUUGUUGCGUGACGAGGGCGCUUCUGGGCAGGAGCCACAGCCUUCCUACGGCGCAGCUGGAGCGGCCGGCGGGGGAGUCUCCAAGGUGGGAGCAAAAGCAUGGGACAAUGCCGCGUGGCUGGCCUUCCUGGUGCCGGUCUUCUUGGAGGGGGCUGGCGAGACCUUGUCCGGGCUGGUGCUUCCGGACAUGGCAGUGGUGAACUACGCGGGGAGCGACGUCUGUUCUGGAGGCCCCUCGGACGCCUGCGACCGCGCCAUCACCGCCACCACGGCUGUCGGAGUGAGCGUCGGGAUCAUGGGCAGCAUCCUCACGGCCAUCUUCAGUCCAGUGGUAGGAGUGCUGGGUGAUCGUUUUGGUCGUCGUCCGAUGCUCCUUCUCUGCCUCUUCGCCAGCCAGUUCGCAACUAUAGUGAGCUGGGGAGUGUACUACUUCCAGUGGAAGUUCUAUUGGUUCUUCGUGGCUUCUUUGAUCCCCGCUUUCGUCCCAGCGCAGGUGCUGCUGUCGAUGUGGAUCUUAGACAUGACAAGCGAACGGAGCCGCGCGUCGGCCUACGGGCUGCUGGGCGCUGUGCAGGUCCUCUACGGCUUCACGGCACCCCUGAUGGUGGAGUUCACUGCAGCCUCUGCCAAUCCCAGCAUGACGGCCACGGCCCUGAACAUGAGCAUCACGUGCAAGAUCUCUGGGCUCUUUCUGGCAGUCCUCUUCUUGCCGGAAUCCACUUCAAUCGCUGCCGAAGGGGAGGACCUUCGGCCAGGGAUGGCAGCUUCGGAGGGAGGCGACUCCGCCACCUCUGGCGAUCGAUCUCCGAAGACUCGGAAAGCGUCCUUCUACCAAUGUUUGGGGCAGCUCCUGCAGAACCCCACAGCGAAGGUUGCCAUGCUGAUCUCCAUCGUCAGCUCUUUCAUGAACGUCGGGGAAUCACAAGUGGCGACACAGUACACGAAGAAUAGGCUGAGCGUGAUGGCGCAGGACCGCGCGGGUCUUCGGCUCUGCGGCGUCAGCGCAGGGCUCUUUGCGAACACGGUGCUCUUACGAAUGUUUCGGGGAGCUUUGAGUGUGAAGCUACAGGUGCUUCUGUGCUGUCUUUUUGGGCUUUCGACCCAUGUGAUAUAUAUUCUUGCCACGAGCGCAACGGCCCUCUAUCCAGCCGCUGUCUUGGGGGCUUUGGGCUCCCUGCUUGCGGUGUACGUGAGCACUUUGAAUGCCAAUGUUGCAACUAUCUCUGGUAUGCCUUUGGGCACGGUUCUGGGUGUCUUCACAAGUGUGGGACAGAUAGGCAUGAUUUUGGGCCCGCCAGUCUUCUCAAGCGUCUUCUUGAUUUCAAUGCGAGAUAUCUUUUGGGGGCACUCGUUCCCGCAGCUGGCCUUCUGCUUUGGCAUCGUCUUGAACUUGAUUGUCGUUAGGCUCCUACUGGUGGUGCCCGAGGCUGCAUACGAGGGCGCACGUCCAUCGCUCCCCCGCGAAGUAUCGCAAGAUCCGCAAGAUGAUCUCACGGCAACGCCGUGA